GUUCGCUAGUCGGGCGCGUGUUUAAUGUGAAGAAUCGCUUUGAUUGAUAAAAAAAAUACCAUAUCCCAAGCGUCAAUCGGCGAUACGGAAGUGGCCACUGCGGCUAAUUCUCAUAUCCGAAAUUUUGUGGCCCACAUGAAGGUGGGCGCGGUGAGGUUUGAGGUGGCGCUUCGUGUUUGGUUUAAUGUGGAUUAGGAUUAGUGGAGUUUUUCCUUCGUGUCAUAUCGGGUGUGCGCAUCCAUUCGUUUCAUCAUUUGAACACGGCGAUACAGAAGCAAGGUCGUGGAACCCAUUUAUCGCUAAGUGCAGGUAUCUUUCCCCCGGGAUGGUCUGCAAACAAAAAUAAAUAAAAAUGAAUUAACAGUCGUGAAUUAAGGAGGCCUCAACAUCAGUGGAUUGGCACGGUGGAUUUGCGUGUCUUUGUGUACGUACGUGUACGUGAAUCGUAUGAAGGCUGAAUGUGAACAUGAUGACCUGGUUCUUUGAGCUUCCACCUGUUCAGCUGACGGCGGUGGUUUGCGGUGGCCAUUCGUGACGUUGAAGGCAGUUCAAGGCGUUCUGCAGAAGAGUGCAGUGCAGUGUAGAGCUUAUGUACUCAUACAAACAAGUUGAAUCCCAACCGUCAACCCAUAAAAGUUCAGUCUGUCGAUUUGGUGGAACAACAAACGAAAAUACUCCGCCGGUCUAACCUGGCCAAGGGAAUAACCGGGCCGACGCGGGUGCGAAAAUCAAAGGUGGAGAACAAAAGGUGAAAAUAAUUUUCUGCUGCCGUAAUUGUGACCUACCUUCCAAUUUGGUGCGGUAACCGAACGUGGCCGUUAUCGUGAUGGAAAGAAAACAAGCUGAAAGAAUGUAAAAUAACGGAACGAAUUAUCUUAUUUGCGUGAAACGUGAUCGAAGAACAGGAAAAUUGUGUCAGUUAAGUGAGCAUUAGUAUCCUGAUCAAAAUUAGUUCAACACAUUCACCGAAACGGCAGGCUUCUUAGGCUGAAUCAUUUUGAAAGUGGAACCCAACCCGGAAUCAAAAGUGACGGAACGCGUGGAUCCUUGUCGUUCUUCAACGUUUAAAUCGACACUUUUCCGUCAGCUACGAGAAAAGCAGAUAACGAGAGACAAGACUAAGACCAAACCGAACAAAAAGCUGGGAAUUAUUUCCACUUUGUCGGGUUUUCAAUGUGGUGAAGUGUAUGGAAUUUAUGCCUUUUUAUUGUAGUCCGGUCCGGGACUGUCACCAAAAUCACCACCGUCAUCGUCCAAUGUGAGGAAGUGAUCCAAAACCCAGAAGAGUUGCCGUGGUCUGGAAAACCAAACGUGGCCAACCAACGGACAGCAACCAAAGAGCUUUGCUUCCCGCUCACAUGAAACGGGUGAUAGCCGUAUGGCAGAUGAUCUGAUGCGAUUAUGAAAUGCUUAAUCUACACUUCCAGUCGGUUCCCAUCGGACCACUCGUUGGCCACUGUAUCGCGGCUCUUUCCAUGGCAAACAUUUCGGCAGAAUAAUUGUCUCUACAGGCACUGUGACUUCACCUGUUCUCAUGAACAGAGACCAUCAUAUCGACUAGAUAGAGAGGUAUCAUAAAAAAGACGGUCUGGAAGAAAAGCUUUUUGUGCCGAAACAAACCGUUGCACGCGAUACCCGGUGCCGACGCCUCUACAUAGGUACAGGAAAACUGCAUCUGACUGAAAACGGAAAAUCCAUAAAACUAGUAAUCGAGGAAUAAUACACCAGCAAAGGGUGCACAACGAAAAAAAGAGAGACCUGCAAGAGUAGUCCCAUAUAUAGAGAUGAAAUAAUGAGUGGUAAAGGUGGCAAAAUUAAAUCAUUUUCAUUCUGGUGUUUGCCACAGUGGCAAAAAGCAAAAACUCGAGACGAAGGAUUGCUCUCAGCGUUGAAUGUGAUUUGAACGAGCGGUUGACCGUAGUCUCGUAAUAGUGGAACUAAAAGUGCUGGAACGGAAUAAUAACCAUUUGCGAAAAAGGAUAGUGUUAGGAAGAGUAAAGGGCUAGGAGGAAAAAAUAGCUAGUGGAAAAGCAAGCAGUAGAAGAAGAAAAAAGAGUUUCAAAGUAGCUCUUAAAAAUUAAUUUAGCGCAAGCUGGCUUUUAGUGAAGUGGUGCAAUUAUUCUGAAUAAAAUAUGUGGAAACGGAGCUGCCACGACCUAACGAUGCUGAGUGUGGUGGUACUGGUGACGAUGAUGCUGUUGCUACACUUUACCGGCAAAUCGCGGGCGCAGAUAGACUGGGCAGAGGACGAUGACGAUCCAGUGUCGACGACGACGGUGGAAGCUGUGCUUGGUCGGACGACGUCGCUGCCCUGUGACAUCACACCGGACGAAGCCAACGAUCGUGUCUAUAUGGUUCUGUGGUUUCGAGAGAGUGCCGGAAAGCCGUUAUACAGCUACGAUGUCCGAGGGAGGCAAUACGCGACAGCGCUUUAUUGGUCGGACGCGGCGGCGUUCGGACCACGGGCAUAUUUUGUGACGGUGUCAAAACCAGCAGCGCUUAAUGUGGAGAAUAUUCAGCUGGAUGAUGAAGGGGUCUAUCGCUGUCGAGUGGAUUUCCAAAACUCACCAACACGCAACCAUCGGAUAAAUCUUACUGUAACAGUUCCACCACAUCAGAUUCUGGUGUACGAUGCAUCUGGACGAGAUGUUGCUGGUGCGAUAGGCCCCUUGCAAGAAGACGACAAUUUGAUAUUAACGUGUGAAGUAAGAGGAGGGAAGUCGAGUAAAUUUCCAACCCGAAAGAUUCUCUCGACCGGACCGGAAAUCGAACUCGCCGCCUCCGGCUUGGCAAUAAAGCUGCCCUCAAGAGCCUUCGAUUCACCGAGGAAGGAGGAAGAAGCCGCACCGCUACUGAUCGGAUUCAGUUGCUCGUCGUGA